AAACAAACCCUGUUGCACCUCGCCGUUGUCUUCUUCUCUGCCGCGGGCCCCGCGAAUCAGAAGGCGGAGAUUCGCCGUGGAAAAUCGAACGGUCCAUGUUGCACCGCCUGGGGGAUCCCACAUUCGGAGGGGCGGAAUCGUGAUUAUCUCAAACUUUACGGGCCUUUGCACGGAGCAGCUCGUCCGGACGUUUUCAGUUCCCCGCGACCGCUCUUUUUUCUCCCUCGUCGCCUCGUCGGUUACUCUUGCGGGGCCGAGUCCGGGCGGCGAGCGACGAGUUCGAAUCGGCUCUAUCUCUCCACCCCACUCCGCCGCUUCCCCUCUCCGUCCCUUCAAAACCCUAGAGAGGAGGUGGAGAGGGAGAAGGCGAAUUCGAUGCCUAGGGUUUCGUAUUCUUCGUCGUCUCCAGCGGACGCUGCUAGUAGUAGCAUCAGUAGUCUCCGCUUGGGGCUUAGGAAGUGCCCCUCCGAGAGCAUCUUCCCCAUCUACGCGAUGGAGAAUGCGCGCCCCAACUCGAUGUCGAGGGCGAUCCUCGACUCCGCGGGAGAUCCCAUAUGGGAGGCCGUGAGGGUCGAAGCCAAGUCCGAGGCAGAGAACGAGCCAAUUUUAAGUAGCUUCUUGUAUGCUAGUGUGCUGUCUCAUGAUUGUUUGGAACGGGCACUAUGUUUUGUACUUGCCAAUAGGCUCCAGAAUCCAACUUUGUUAGCAACCCAGCUGAUGGACAUUUUUGAUGAUGUUAUGAUGAGUGAUACAAAUAUUAGGCGCUCAAUUCGCCUUGAUGCUCAGGCAUUCAAAGAUAGGGAUCCUGCUUGCGCACAGUAUAGCUGGGCUUUGUUGUACCUUAAGGGUUACCACUCUUUGCAAUCUUAUCGGAUAGCUCAUGUAUUAUGGAAUCGAGGUCGUAAAGUUUUAGCAUUGGCAUUGCAAAGCCGUAUAAGUGAGGUCUUUGCUGUGGAUAUACACCCAGCUGCGAGAAUUGGCGAGGGAAUUUUGUUGGAUCAUGGAACUGGUUUAGUUAUUGGUGAAACUGCUGUUGUUGGAAACUGGGUUUCUCUUAUGCAGGGUGUUACCCUAGGAGGGACAGGGAAGGAACAUGGAGACCGCCACCCUAAAAUAGGACAAGGUGCUCUUAUUGGGGCUGGUGCAACAAUUCUUGGUAAUAUUGUUGUAGGUGAAGGUGCUAUGAUUGCUGCUGGUUCUCUUGUGCUAAAAGAUGUACCUCCUCACAGCAUGGCUGUUGGAAAUCCAGCAAAAAUAGUUGGGUUUUCAGAAGAUGAAGAUCCAUCUUUUACAAUGAAGCAUGAUGCUAGAAAGGAUUAUUUUGAGCAUGUAGCUGCUUGUAAGAGAACUAAUGGUUGCAUUUACAAUGAAAAGAAGUGAAGCUUGCAAAUGUUAGAUAUGGUUAUUUUGAAGCGCUUUCAAGAAGAUAGGAUCAGAUGAUUCUUCUUGUAAGUUAUGUAUCAUUGUGAACAGGCAGAGGUUGGUUGUUUAUAUCAAGUUUUGGCCGCCGGUUAAACAAAUAUGCUCCUUAUUUUUCAGGGGAGGUGGGAUGAGGCUGGCCGGACAUCAAUUGUUCCGAUAGUGUUAUCCAGUAUGUUGUAGUUGUAUCUUAUAUUUAUGUCUGCAUUGUCCCUAAUUCUUGAAUUGUAAGCUUAAUGCAGUAUUUGGUACUUUACUGCUAGUUGCGUAGACAUUGAUUCUUGAUUUUUGUAAUUGAUGUCUCAAUUGCCUAAUUACUUGUACUCGUUGGAUAUUGUGAAGAUUAGAAAGAAAAUAAUCUCUAAAAGAUAUAGAUCGGUAACAUAUGGUUAAAGGAUUCCCGUAAUUUUUUUGUUA